AUGCCGAAUUUGUCGCAAGAUUUGAUUCCAGUUAUUGACCUCGCCACUUCGGCCCCGACAGAGCAAGCCAUGCAGCUAUGCAAGGCAUUUCGCGAGGUGGGCUUUGCCUACAUAAAGAACCACGGUAUUCCAGAAGAGAAAAUCGAAGAGGCUUUUUCCUGGAGCCGCAAGUUCUUUGACCUCCCACAGAGCGAAAAGGACAAGGCACCCCAUCCGGCCGAGGGCUGGUACCAUCGCGGUUACUCUAGCAUCGGUCGAGAAAAGGUGUCCCAGAAUCUGUUUGAUGAGGAUGGCCUGGCGCAGCACCGCAAGGUCCCGGACCAAAAGGAGUCGUUUGAGCUGGGCCGGGAAAACGACGACGUCAUGACCAACAUCUGGCCGCCCGCCGCUUCCCUGCCCGGCUUCCGCGAAUUCUUUGUCGACUUUUACAACCUCUGCAACGGCCUCGAGGAUAAGCUUCUCGCCGCCGUGGCCGUGGGCCUAAAUCUGCCAGCCAACUACUUUGACGCGUGCCACCGCGGCCGCGACAACCAGCUGCGGCUGCUGCACUACCCGCCCUUUGCGGCGGAGCUGCUCGAGAGCGGGCAGGCAGACUGCAUCGGCGCGCAUAGUGACUUUGGCACCAUGACGGUGCUGUUCCAGGACGAUGUCGGCGGUCUGGAGAUUGAGGACCAAGGAGGGGGCGAAGGCGAGAGCGGCGGGCGCUUUCGGCCGGUGCCGUGCGUGCCGGGCACGGUUGUGGUGAAUAUUGGCGACAUGCUGAUGCGUUGGACAAACGAUGAGCUGCGGUCGACGAUUCAUCGGGUAAGGACGCCGGCGGGGGUGGAAAUCGAUCCGGGCACGGGCGUGCGCAUGACAAAGAGAAGGUACUCGAUGCCCUUUUUCAUUUGCGCGGAUCCGUCGACGGUGGUGGAUUGCGUGCCGACGUGCCAUGGGCAGGAUCGGCCGAAGCGGUAUGAACCGGUGACCGCGGAGAAGUAUUUCACCAUGAGAAUGAAUGCGCUGUAUUGA